CCCAACUCCGGGCACCGCGCUCACUUACUGCAAGACCCUGCAGUUAUUGUGUUAAAGAAGGCAGCCCGCAUUGUGUGUUUCUCUCGGUUUCCAGUGUGAGUGCAUUAGAUAAGAAUGAAGAAUGUGUCGGCUAGUGAGUGUAUGGCGCAUGCGUGUGACGUCACUAGCCCGGGCAGAGCUGGUGGAAGCCCAACAGGUAGAGGUGAGGGUUGGAGUCGUUAAACUGUCACAUGUACAAUGCAAUGGAAUGGUGGGGGAGGAUUCUAUAUAUCUAUUAUAACUGGUGUCAAACUUUCAGCCAAGGUAGUUGGAGGAAUUGAUAUCAGCUAUUUUGGCCAUAAAACUGCAAUUUUGUAAUUUUCUGCACAUUUCUAGUUUAAUGAAUAAGUUACUUUGUGCAGUAAGGUACAUGACUUUUACAAAUGUUUUUGCACACAUCUGCUUAUGGUUACCAAACCCACUCUGUUUUCCUGGCACAUGUCACUUCCAUCAAGAGUUAUACAGUACUUGCAGCUCUAAUACAUUAAGGAAUUGCAAGAUGCAUAGUCAUGCCUUAUGGGCAUAAUCUCUGCAGGGGUCCUGGCAGCACAGUGGAUAUAGAAACUGUGGCACAGUCAUGGGCAAUGUUUAUAACAUAAACCAACAGUAAUGCAGGGCUUGACACGUUUGCUUGGAAUCUAGGAGCCAGCUAUAAAAAAAGUAUGAGCCAGUUUUUUUUCUUUUUAACUAACCUUUAUUUUCAGUGACAAAAAUGCAAUUCAUAAUGUAGCACUAGUCACCAAACUCACCACAACAUAAUAUAGAGUGACCACUAAGGGGGUGUGGGAGUGGAGUGACCACUAAAGGGGGGGUGAGGAGUGACCACUAAAGGAGGGAGAGAAGAGAACCACUAAGAGGGGGAGAGAACUACUAAAGGGGCAGGGUAGAGCUCUAAGGACAGAGGGGUAAGGGAAAACACUAAGGGACAGUUGGGCAGGGGAGAUCACAAGCGGACAGGGGAGAGAACUAAGGGACAGGAGGGGAAGCGAGAGCACUAAGGAUAUCUGUGAGUAUGUGUGUAUGCGGUUUGGGCACUCAGUCUCAAAAAUGUUCGCCAUCACUUAUCUAGUGUGUUCUUUUUGAAAUCUGAAUUAAUUUCUUCAGCAUUUUUUGAGUUUAAUUGACCUCAUACUACCACUUUAUCAUGGACAUGAGAUAAAAUGUAUUAAUCUUAAAUGAUUCUAAUAUUUUUCAGAUAAAAUUGUUAUAAAACAUGUCAAUAGUUACAGUGCAACUUGGACAGUGCGGAAACCAAAUUGGCUAUGAGUUAUUUGACGUUAUCUACAGUGAUCUUCACAAUAAGACCGGGAUCUGCUCUAAGAGAGAAAAUGAUAACUACCAGGCAGUUUGCAAGGAAAGGUUUUUCAGUGAGGAGGAAGAAUCUGGAGGUGCUACAUAUUUUUUCUUAUUUCUUUAGUUAUUUUUUACAUUUGAUAUUUAAAUAUAUCACUAUUUGUGCUCUUGUUUUCUCUAAUUUCAGAUUAUGUAACUCGUUCUGUUCUAGUUGACAUGGAGCCUAAAGUAAUUUCUCAAACUCUAUCAAUGGCAGCUCGAUCUGGAAAAUGGAAAUAUGAUCACAAGUCACAAUUUUCUCAAAAACAGGGAUCAGGAAACAACUGGGCAAAUGGGUAUGUCAUUAAAUAUUUAAUGAUUUCUUUAACCCAGCACUGCAUUUUAUGACGUAUUUGUCACACUAUGUUGUUGUUUAUCAUGUAUCAGCCUUGCUUAGCGCUACAGAGACAUUUCACUUCUCCUGCAGCAGUGGACCGUGUACAGAGCGGGCACCUUGGAAUCCAGGUAGGUUGUCAAACCAGUACUAAACCGGUUUAACAGCAUACUAUUGGAUAUCUCCUGGGCAUCUCUGACACCAUAACACCUUAAUGGCCACUAUGUGCUGCAAUGGUUACGGUGCUUUAAGUGUUCUUUUAAUAGUGUUACAUAUGCACACUUUGAUUUUAGGGGGGGGGGGUUGUAUUUUAUUUGAGUAGCUAAUUGACAGCCAAAUCAUGCUCAGUGAGUUUCUGACUGAGGCUAGUCAUCAUAGGCGUGCGCACGGGAGUGUGCCGGGUGUUCCUAGGCACACCCUAAUCCCCGCGGCACGUGCUAUGUGCCUCCCUCCGUGGGCCGGUGAGGAAGAUCAAAGAUCUCCCUCACCGACCCACAGGCAGGGAGGGAGGCAGGAGAGGACCCAGGGAGCUCUUGCCAGCAGCUCCGCCGGGUUCCUCUCGCGUGGUCGGGUUCCUCUCGCGUGGUCGGAGCAUUGCCGCGGUUACCGCGGCAACUCUCAGAUCUCACGAGAGUGAACUCUAGCCCCCACCAGGGAAGGCAGGAGCACGGGAUAUUAACUAAAUGGCCCGCACACAUUACACACACACACUAACAGCACCCUCAAACUAAAAGCACACACUAACAGCACCCUUACACACACAGUACCUCUACACACACACAGCACACACUAACAACACCCUCACACAUGCACACACUAACAGCACCCUCACACACACAGCACCCUUAUACGCACACACUAACAGCACCCUUACACAUACACACACUAACAUCACCCUCACAUUCCUGACCCUAUAGUGUUAACACCACCAUCUAGCCCCCCUGGGCCCCUCAUGCCUCCAUAAAUAUAGGAAAAGCUUACCAUAGUCAAGCCUGAAGCUGUACAUCUGCAUGCUGUUUGCCUCAGAAAAACAAGCAGCCUGCUGACAUCAUCAGAAGUGGUAGCCUGAUCCAUUCACAGUGCUUCCCCAUAGGAUUGGCUGAGACUGACAAGGAGGCAGAUUAGGGACAGAGACAGCAUGAUUCAAACACAGCCCUGGCCAAUCAGCAUCUCCUCGUAGAGAUGAAUCUCUAUGAGGAAAGUUCAGUGUCUGCAUGCAGAGUGAGGAGACACUGAAUGUUUGGAUGCAUUUUAGGCAGCCAUGACCCAGGAAGGAUCUCUAACAGCCAUCUGAGGAGUGGCCAGUGAAGUUAUCACUAGGCUGUAAUGUAAACACUGCAUUUUCUCUGAAAAGACAGUGUUUACAGCAAAAAGCCUGAAGGUAAUGAUUCUACUCACCAGAACAAAUUCAAUAAGCUGUAUAAGCUGUAGUUGUUCUGGUGACUAUAGUGUCCCUUUAAAGUCUAAUAGGUUGUGCAUAUAAUACACAUGAUGACUGAAUUGUGUGUUGUUGUUUUUUGUGUAUACUUCAGAUAUGCUGCUUGUUCUGUAUUUUGUCUCCUUUCUAAUCAUUGUUUAUUUGAAGUGUCUGGUUUAUUAUGUUUAUACAGUUACUGUGUACAUGGUCCAAAACACAAAGACCUCGUUAUGGACCUAGUUCGAAAGCAGGUGGAAAAAUGUGAUCGUUUGGCUGGUUUCUUUACCAUAAUGAGUAUGGCUGGAGGGACAGGAUCUGGCAUGGGAACAUAUGUCACCCGGUGUUUACGUGAUACAUAUCCUAACUCAUUUCUACUCAAUCAAGUCAUUUGGCCCUAUGGCACUGGAGAGGUAAAUAUCUGACCAUUUGGCACUAGCACACAUUUGUCUGUUGUGUAAUGCUGAUAUUGUUAAUUGUGUGUUUUCAUUUUUUCUCUUCAUGCUACAAUAUAUUUUAGAUAGAGAUCCUUACACAUAAUAUGAAAAGCCAGUCUCUGUUACUAUACAAAUGUUUAGUUGUAAAUAAUACAUUGUGCCUUUAAACUAUUUUUGGAAAUUGGCAUAUAGUUUUGAACUCUCAAUCCAGAAAUUCAUCACACUUCUACUGCAUCUGUUGUAUAACCUGUAGGGAUGAGGUAAGCAGCCAUCGCGUUCGCUAUUGUUGCACUCAUGAUUUUACAAGUGCACAUUGACACGUUUGUCCACCAUUCCAUGUCCAGCUGUAGUUUAAAAGAAAGGUCCAGAGCACCACAGUUGAGUAAAAGCACUUUAAAUUUAUUGCGGCCCCACACGUGACAAGUUGCAAGUCACUGAAAUUAUUUACAUUGACAAUAAUGUAUCUGGAAUUACAUUAUCAUAACAUUUAAAAUAGAACUGUUUCAAAUCACCUGCAACUUGCGUUAACUUAACUUUUCAUGUGAUGCUGUUUAAUUUAUUUGAAAUUUGCAUUAAAGAUUUAGCAAAUGGGGGCGGGGCCUGUAACGGAUCGACGGGCACCCCGACUGGGUAUCUCCGUUGAUGGAUGCUCUUAGCGCUUCCUGAGGGCUCCAAGCACUCCAGACGACACCAUAACCACCGUAGACUCCUCCAGAGAGCAGGGCAGGAACAAGCUCUUACAAGAGCUUAGUAGUGAUUUAGCAAGGGAGUAUGACAAGCAUAACAAUUCCUUGUAGCAGAUUCCCCCAAUAAUAGAUGGCACUCCAAAUUGAGGGUGAAGUAGAACUCCACUUUUAUUCAAACACCCUGCUUUUAUGCCCAUUCUACAACCAUAGUACCGCCCACAGGGUUUUGAAGUACAACCAAUCAAUACGUACAAUACACUCAGACACUCCCACACAAAAUCCUCCCCUCUGCCUGUGAUAUAAUUACUGAACACAAUGGGUUCAUGUAAUUAAUUAGAGAAAUAGUUUUUACACAUGUACUAUAACUUUAAAAAUAUACAUUCAAUCUUCAUAAAAAUUACAUAUUAUUCAGCACACUUUAAUUACAAACAUAUCCAAAAUUCAGGUGAUUCCUUUCCAGCCAAAACCAGUUCCACAGAGUCCUCUAUCCUGGAGAUAAUUGGCUUAACUGGGUGUGGUAAGCCAAUUAUCUCCAGGUACAGAAAAUCUCUAUUCACAGCAACAGCAAAAAUACAUAAUUCCUAUCAUACUGAACAGAACCCCCACAUUCAAAUCACCAUGGGGUUUAAGUCUAGCAUGGGCUGAUGAGAGGGUCCAUAGUCAUGAGGCAAGAGGCUGGCAAUCAGGCUUCUCCAUAACCCUGUGACGAGGUUAGUUUCGCCACAAGGGGGAGCCUCCCGGCGCACAUCUCGCACCCCCAGAGGAUGAGGCUUCAAGAGCAAGCCGGCACUGCACCGAGCCAAUGGCGGAGGAGCUGCACGCAGCCGGACCGGCAGGAACCGGAGCCCGACUCAAGUAUGGGAAAGGCAACACGACAAGAUCAGGGCCGUUGAGACUCUCACACCCAGAAGAAGCCAGGUACCAAGACAAGGGAUGGGGUGAUCGACUGCUAAUAUGCAGCCUGGACAGUUCAGUCACCGUCACGCUCUUCUCUCAUGGACUGAUUUGUACUGAUGCACACCUGGACUAUUUACGCUACCUGGCCCACUUAAUCGACCGUUAUGCUACGGCAGACGCUGACCAGACCAACACGCAGCCUCCCUAACUGAGUUUCACAGCGGGAGAGAACUUUACAACAACCCUCAAAGCUUGAAUGUUCCUAACUGUUCAAUCGUUUUUAUGUGUUUAAUUGUUAGGCAUCCUCAUGGUAAUCUCUUACUACUCAAAUGAUGGCUUACAACUCACACCAGUCACACACUCUCAAUCACGGCAUAGCUUGUAGCCAGUCUUCAACAUGACUAUCUGAUAUAUACAGAUUAAUGAUCUGCUAGUAAUCCAACACCCUAGACAUGUGCAUAGCGUGACUUAACCCUGAUUUACUUUUAUAACAACGUGUCAUGCUCUGUAUUGGCAAGCUUUGGUUUUAAAUGUACUUUAAAAAUAAUCGACAAUACUGCAGAGGCAUUGAAGGCUGGUUACCUUUGCCUGAAUGGAUAUGUUUUACAAAAAGCUUAUGAACCUGUAGACAUGCACAUUCCUGCGUAUUAAAACACUCCGUACGAGUGAUGACUACGUCAGUUAGUAUAGCUUGACCACCACACAAUCUUGUUUAACUACCUACUGACAUUUAUUAUUAGGAUACUGUUCCCCACUUGUAAUCCCUAUAUAAAAAUGUGCAAUCUUUAUUAAUGCCAGGCUAAUAAUAUAUCCUGCCUAUUUUACUAUGCUUGAUGGAGCCGUUGUGACAUACCUCCCCAUUCACCCCAGAGUCUAGAUAGAUUUACAUACUCUGACAGCAAACGCCACAAUAUAGAUCUAGACCGUUAUAUUAAGCCUUGUUUAUUACCACUAUAGGCACCCAGAGCACUUUAGCUUAAUGAGGUGGUCUGGGUGCCUGGUCCAGCUAGGUUUAACCCUUUUUUUCUAUAAACAUAGCAGUUUCAGAGAAACUGCUAUGUUUAUAAAUCGGUUAAUCCAGCCUCUAGUGGCUGUCUCAUUGACAGCCGCUACAGGGCUUCCGCGCUUCUCACUGUGAUUUUCACAGUGAGAAGACGCCAGCGUCCAUAGGAAAGCAUUGAGAAUGCUUGCUUUCCUAUGGACUGGCUGAAUGCGCGCACGGCUCCUGCCGCACAUGCGCAUUCAGCCGGAGAGGAGGAGGAGAGCUCCCCGUCCGGCGCUGGAGAAAGAGGUAAGUUUUAACCCCUUCCUCCCCCCAGAGCCUGGCGGGAGGGGGACCCUGAGGGUGGGGGCACCCUCAGGGCACUAUAGUGCCAGGAAAACGAGUAUGUUUUCCUGGCACUAUAGUGGUCCUUUAACUUGUCAAUACUAAUUCAAAAUGUGCACAAGUUUCUAUCAAUGCCUUACUACACGUAAACCAUGUACCUUGUCUCUUUGUCAAUUGCUGUUGGGGCAUGACAAAAUUGUAUGGAAUUUUCUGCACAACAAAAUAAAGACUUAAAAAAAAAAAUUAAAAAAAAAGGAUUUAGCAAAUAACCACACAUCCCAGUUCAAUCUAGGCACAAACAGGACAUGUUCCCCAAAUGAGGAAUUGAAACACAGGUUUUGUGUGUAUGUGCCAUUUUAGUACAUAUAAAACCAUAACCACCCUUAAUACAUUUGGAAUACAUGUAUGCCUCUUAGAUUUUUGUUUAUUUUUCCCUGAUGAUUUUACCAUUGAUUAAAUUAGACUAAGAAGACAAAUAAGUAAAAUUAGUAGGGCAACGCUCCAAAAGCUGUCAUAAAAAGUAGACACAACACUUUUUAUACAUAACCAUGUUUUUUUAAUACUUCUCUGUAUGCUUUCCAAAUACUUAGUGCCAGGUGUAAAGCACAGCGCCUAUAACAAUUAUGGCAUUAUAAUUUCUGAUGCUAAUUCAAACAAAUUAAAUCGAGGCAAUAGUUAUUUACUAAAUUCCAAAUGUUGCAAAUUACAUUCUAAUUGCAAAUUGUAUUUUCUUUAUUUAAGAGUAAUCGGGGAAACAUAAAAAUAUAAAUAAGUAUUACAGAAUGUAGUUAAAAUUGCAUACCACAAGUGCCUUAUUGCAAAUUAUAUGCCUAUAUAGCUACUUUGAAAAAAUUCUCCUAUAUAUAAAUUAGCUGUAAUUUUUUGCUUGGCAGUAUCUAAUUUGCCACUCUAUUCACCAGUGUAGCUGUAAUUACCCAUUUAGAGGUUGCCUUGGCAAAAGCAUGUGAUAUCAGCAGAUAGCAUCUAGAAACUGCUAUUUACUAAGCUGCUCCCUGCUUUCCACUGUGAGUGCCUUCUCUGCCAAGGAAUGGUCUGUUCACCUAAAAAAGAAAUGCUAAACAUAUUUAAAACCGUCAACACAUAAGUAAGUCAGAUUUAUGUCUAAUAACAGUCCCAUUUUAAGAACACCUAAUACAUAGAUCUCUAAAAUAGAGGGGGGGAGAAAUUUCAUAAAAAUAAAUAGUCUGGCAUAUUGAGACAGUAAAAUAUAAAAAUGUUGCUUAUUAUUAUGCCUUGAUAAAACUUUUAUUAGUCUGUAGUACAUAAACUACAACACUUCAUUAGCGUUAAAAGGUAAUGUAGACAAGCCGUUCUCUUUUUCAGUAUAGGAAACAAACCUUUCAAAGUGUUUUUUUAUUUUUUUUUUAAAUUCUUUAUUUUGGUGUGCAGAGAUAGUACAGACCUCCCAAUAGUGCCACAACAGCAGAUACUGGUGAUUUCGAGUAGACUAUAGUGCGGCCUGGGAUAAUGCUGCACAAUUUUAUAAUAAACAUUCACAUGAAACAUUGCAUGUUUAUACGUGGGUGAUAUUAAAAUAAAAAAAGAGAGAGACAAGAAAAUUAACAAUAAAUUCGUGUUAGUCAUUAUGCCUGGUGAGAUGUAUAAGAUGUUGAGUAGUGUUAAUAAGAACACAGAAUAAGUGUGGUUGAUGUGCGUUAGACACUGGGCAGUAUAUCAGGAGAGGAUGAUAUACUCUAGUUCAGGGAUAGGCAACCUUUGGCACUCCAGAUGUUGUGGACUACAUCCCCCAUAAUACUCUGACAUCCAUAAUGCUGGCAAAGCAUCAUGGGAGGUGUAGACAAAACAUCUGGAGUGUCGAAGGUUGCCUAUGCCUGCUCUAGUUUAUUUUGGGUCAUUAAUACUGUCUAACUUGCUAGACCGAAGGUUAUGCAAUAGCAUACAGGGAUAACAUGCUGGCCUAUCUAACCAAAUAACUUACUGCUUACAAAAUAGACAUGUUGCUAUGGUAACCAUUGAGUGCUCUGUACAUGGAUUGGUAACUGGCCUGGCUGGUCUAAACAUUAGUAAGAAUUCUGGGCAUAUGACUUACAAGUGGUAUUUGAGCUCAUGCUAAGCUAGUGAGCCAUUGGAAGCAGUUAUGUCGACCGUUAGCUUUUGUCAUGACAACACUAAGUGGGAGACUCUAUUGUAUUAGGGUUCCCCUAAUCAAAGGGGUGGCGGGGAAGAGGGAGUAGGUGGAGGCUUUAGCCUAUAACGGAGUGAAUCGCAACAGCUUAAUAAACUUGGGUAACACAUAGCUCAGUGACUAUAUCAGGCGUAUCAACUGAAGCCAAAACAAAACCUGAAUAAACACCACUCUGGCCAAUUUCCAUCACUUCAUAGAGAUGCAUUAAAUCAAUGCAUCUCUAUGAGGAAAGUCUCCAUGCAAACUCUUCAUUUACAUCUUACCUCCAUAUAAUUUUUUUUAAAUGAUGGAAGAACGAUGACUGUUGUAUGUAUGUAUUAUAUGUAUUAUCUUUAUUUGGGAAAAAAGUAUUGAUACAUUUCUAAAUAUUUCUCUUAGGUUAUUGUUCAAAACUACAAUUCUAUACUGACUCUCUCUCGCCUCUACCAGUCCUCCGACGCAUUACUAGUACAUGAGAAUGAUGUAAUUCACAAAAUUUGCUCUCAGCUGAUGAAUAUAAAACAGAUAUCAUUUAGAGAUGUAAAUAAAAUCAUUGCUCACCAGCUGGGCAGUGUAUUUCAACCAGCAUACACUUCAGAAGGAGCCUCACAUUACAGCAGGAAUCCUUUAGGUAUGGUUUCACCGUUCACUUUUAUGCUUAUUUUAAAUUGACUAUUUUGUGUUAAUUAUAUUUAUUUCUUAUUUGUUAUAUUCAGGGGGAAAAGGCAAUGUAGAUAAGAAAGCAUAGCAGACAAACAGUAAUGUGAAUCAAACAUUGCCUAAACAUUUGAUAUAGCACAUGAACAAGUGGAAAACAUACAAGUCUCAGAUUCCAGAUAUCAUUGUAGUAAAAUAAUCGUGAAUUAAGCUUAAAAACAUGAUGGACAUAAGAACAAUUAUCAGCAGUUGUAUACAGGGCCGGACUGGCCCACUGGGAUACUGGGAAAAUUUGCGGUGGGCCGCGGCACCUGGGGCUGGGAAGACCGCUGGUGCGGCUGCAAUUAGGCUGCUGACGGCUGGAGGAAGACAUGUGCUGUCUCUGCUAUGCUCCCCGUCCUCGCACAGCUCCCUAUUCGUGCCUGCUAUUUGUGCAGCCAGCCGCCCGCCCUGCACGACCACCCAGCAUGCCACCCGCAUCCAUAAUCUUCCAACUUGCCUCCCGCCUGCACAAUCCCUUGGCCGGUCGCCCACUGGACCCCACAGUUAUCAAUACAAGCAAUAAUUUGUGAGUCAGUCUGUCAGUGUGAGUGUAUGGGUCUGUCAUGGUGUGUGUGUGUGUGUGUGUAUGUGUGUCUGUCUGUCUGUCAUGGUAUAUGUGUGUGUCAUGGUGUAUGUGUGUGUGUUUAGGUUACCAGACCCCUUCUGUUGGCAAGGUAGUAGUGUUUUUAAUCACUUUUAUUUUUUUAUUUUUUUUUACGCCAUGCUGGUCUCCCCUCGACUGGCACUGAGAUAAUCAAUCUUAAAGGACCACUAUAGGCACCCAGACCCCUUCAGCUCAAUGAAGUGUUCUGGGUGCCAGGUCCAUCUAGGGUUAACCCUGCUGCAGUAAACAUAGCAUUUUUGGAGAAACUGCUAGAGAAACUGCUAUGUUUACAAUAUGGGGAACCGAGGCUUAGGCACCGAGGGUAGUGCUAUUAUAGAGAACGGCUUGGAGACUAUGGUGAGGCCUAAUAGAAAGCAGUUGUUGUUGUUGUUGGGGGAUUCUAUCAAAUGAGAUGUGGAGCUGGACAAUGGUGGUCUUGUGAGAUGUCUUCCCGGAGCUAUUGCUCACAGAGACAGGAGACGUAUUGUAAUAUUGUUAAGCAAGCAAAGCAGGAACGGGAAUUGGAUGUACUUGUCCAUCUAGGGACAAAUGACUUGGUUUGCAAUGAGGUUUCAGGUAAAGGUGUUUUUGCCAAUGAUAUACGGCAGGUUGCUUCCACACUGUCAUUCUCUGAAGUUCUGCAUGAACAUAACACUCAGAACGACAGGCGGAUGUGUAUUAGGGACUUUAACUUGUGGCUUGGUUAAUGGUGUCAGGAGCAAGGAUUUGGCUUUAUUUCUCAUUAUAGCUCUGUUUGGAAUGGAAAUAAACUGUACAAAGAAGAUGGUUUGCAUCUUUCUUAAAAGGAAUGAAAUGUUCUCAAUGAGCAGUUCAGAGGUUUGCUAGGAUGUAUUUAAACUAGGAGGGGGAGCAAGAGGGUGAUAAAAAAAUCAAUCCAGUUGCCCUCCAAAACAAGGACAGAAGGUGCAUGUAGCAAGUGUGUUAAAAAAUGAUAAGCUUAGAGUCAUGUCUACAAAUGCUUGCAGUUUAGGGAAUAAGAUCCAUGAACUUGUGACAAUAAUGGCAAUUGAUAAUGUAGAUUUAGUUGCUGUUACUGAGACAUGGUAUAAUGAGAAAAAUGACUGGGACGUAGCAAUACCAAGGUACUCUUUAUAUAUAAAAGACAGGGAAGGCAAGAAAGGGGGAGGGGUGGCCCUGUAUGUGAAGGAUAGCAUAAAAGAAAAGUUAGUAAUGCGAACUUAGAGUCCGUUUGGGUUACGUUAGAACUUUGUAAUCACACAGUAGCGCUACAGACUAGGUUUUUUGCCUUCUUUUGGAUCAACAGCAAUGUGUGAGGAAGGCUGAACUUGAUGGACGCAAGUCUCUUUUCAGCUAUGUAACUAUGUAACAGUAACUCGUGUAGGUGUGAUUUAUAGGGGCCCCAGGACAAAUAGAAGAGUUAGAUAAUCUACUAGUUGAGGAAAUAGCUUAAAUGACAAUGAAGGGGGAAGUUAUCAUCAUGGGUGACUUUAAUCUUUCUGAUGUGAAUUGGAAAACCAAAAUAGCUGCUUGUGCCAGGAGCACACAUAUUCUAAACUCACUACUGGGAUUGUCUCUAAAGCAAGUCGUCGAGGAGCCAACUCGUAAAGAGGCCAUACUAGAUUUAGUGUUAACAAAUGGAGAUUUGGUAUCAGAUAUUACUGAAGGUGAAUGUUUAGGAUCCGGUGAUCAUCAGUCAGUGUGGUUUAACCCCUUAAAGACAGUGGGCGUUCUAUGCCGUCCUUGGUGACCCGGCUCUAAAUGCCGGCGAUCACGGUGUCGGGACUCACUUGGGAGCCUUGCGAGGACCUCGUGAUCUCAUGGACAGCAUAGCCGUCCAUGUCAGUGCCAGCAGGGGGAGUGCCUGUAAUGGCAGGUACUCCCUCUUCUGCCUUAAAAAAGAUAAAAUAAAAGUUAAAGAUACAGUUUAAAAUAAAAUAUAUACUUAGAUCAUAUAUAUGUAAGUAGAAGUAUAGAUCAGGGUGUUGCCGUGGAUGUGAUCUAUUUGGAUUUUGCCAAGGCAUUUGAUACAGUUCCACACAAUAGAUUAGUGUUCAAACUCAAGUAGGGUAGAACAUUGGCUUAAAAACAGAGUACAAAGAGUUGUCAUUAAUGGUAAAUUUUCAAGCUGGACAGAGGUGGCAAGUGGUGUCCCUCAGGGGUCUCUUCUGGGACCCCUUCUAUUUAACAUGUUUAUAAAUGAUCUUCAAGACAGCAGUGAAAGUCAUGUUUCAGUGUUUGCAGAUGACACAAAACUUUGUAAAAUAAUACAAUGUGAGCAAGAUAUUACUUUGCUGCAAAAGGAUUUAGAUAGACUGGGGGACUGGGCACUCAAAUGGCAGAUGACAUUUAAUGUUGAAAAAUGCAAAGUUAUGCACUUCGGCGUAAAGAAUACACAAGCAACGUAUACCCUUAAUUGAAGCGAAUUAGGGAUAACAACACACGAAAAGGACUUGGGAAUUGUUAUAGACAACAAUCUAUGCAACAAUGUGCAAUGUCAAUCAGCAGUGGCCAAGGCCAGUAAGGUAUUGUCAUGCAUGAAAAAGGGCAUUCAUUCUCGGGACGAGAAUAUCAUUUUGCCUCUUUAUAAAUCACUGGUAAGACCCCAUAUUGAAUAUGCUGUGCAAUUUUGGGCACCUGUUCUAAAGAAGGAUAUUAUGGCACUAGAAAAAGUGCAGAGGCGGGCUACAAAAUUAAUAAAAAGGAAUGGAACAUAUCAGCUAUGAAGAAAGGUUAACAAAUUUAAACCUAUUUAGUUUAGAAAAACGUCGCCUGAGAGGGGAUAUGAUAACAUUAUACAAAUAUAUUCGGGGCCAAUAGAAACCAUUGUGUGGAAAUCUAUUCACAAACCGGACUUUACAUAGGACACGAGGCCAUGCGUUUAGACUGGAAGAAAGAAGAUUUCGUCUAAGGCAAAGGAAAGGUUUUUUUACUGUAAGAACAAUCAGGAUGUGGAAUUCUCUGCCUGAAGAAGUGGUUUUAUCAGAGUCCAUACAGAUGUUCAAACGGCUACUAGAUGCAUACUUGCAAAAACAGAAUAUUCAAGGAUAUACUCUUUCAAUGUAGGGUAAUAACUGCUUGAUCCAAGGAUAAAUCUGACUGCCAUUCUGGGGUCAAGAAGGAAUUUUUUUCCUAGCUUGUUGCAAAAUUGUGCUUCAAACUGGGUUUUUUUGCCUUCUUUUGGAUCAACAGCAAAAAACAAAUGUGAGGAAGGCUGAACUUGAUGGACGCAAGUCUCUUUUCAGCUAUGUAACUAUAAUCUAAGUAUACAUACUUAUACAUAUACAUACAUACAUACAUACACUGUCUAAGUGUAUUAUAUAUUAAUAUCAAAAUACACUUACAAUGAUAUUGAUAAAAUAUAUGUAUAAUUUUCAUUGUGUAUAUUUAUAUAUAAUAUAAAAUAAAUAUGUAAAUACUUUUAAAAAAUGUGUAAAUUCGUUCUAACUGUAUUCUAAAAUUUAUAUAUAUUGAUAUCAAAUUACAUGUAGAACGAAAUAAUAUAUCUAUAUACAUAAGUAUAUACGUAAAUAUCACUAUAUAUACCUAUAUAUAAAUAAAAAUAUUUUUUUUUAAAUACAUGAUCCUGAUGAAAGUCCUUGGAGAGGACUGAAAUGUUAAUCCUAAUUUUAAAAUGUUAUAAUAAAACUUAAUUUUUACUUGUAAGACCGUGAGUGCUGCCAUCUACAUAUAUAUAUAUAUAUAUAUAUAUAACAAGAGGGGGUUGGCUGCACUCACCUUAACAUGCAUAAAUGGGGGUGCUGCUGGGGGCCAAAUAAUACAAUACACAAGAUCCAGCGCACUCACCUAUCCACUAAACAGCAACUUCAAUGUUGAAAGAUUUUAUUUGUUUUUUUUUAAAACACCUAAUCUAGGCAAAAAUAAUGGGGGUUUAGUUACAUUAUAUGAUCAUACAUUGCAUAAGCCUGCCACAACGUCAAUGUACCCCAUCUUUGGCAGGUCCUACACUAACAGCCUAAUGUCUGCUCUUAUGAGAUUAACCUACUUGGGGAAAAAAUUCCAUCUGGGGCUCUCUGCAGUACAAGGCUAAAUAGGGCCCUGGGAUGAGGCACCUGUGACAGGGAGGGGUGCAAAACCAAGGAGUUGGCUAGACUCCCAAAUAUAUAUAAAACAAGAGGGGGUUGGCUGCACUCACCUUAACAUGCAUAAAUGGGGGUGCUGCUGGGGGCCAAAUAAUACAAUACACAAGAUCCAGCGCACUCACCUAUCCACUAAACAGCAACUUCAAUGUUGAAAGAUUUUAUUUGUUUUUUUAAAAACACCUAAUCUAGGCAAAAAUAAUGGGGGUUUAGUUACAUUAUAUGAUCAUACAUUGCAUAAGCCUGCCACAACGUCAAUGUACCCCAUCUUUGGCAGGUCCUACACUAACAGCCUAAUGUCUGCUCUUAUGAGAUUAACCUACUUGGGGAAAGAAAUUCCAUCUGGGGCUCUCUGCAGUACAAGGCUAAAUAGGGCCCUGGGAUGAGGCACCUGUGACAGGGAGGGGUGCAAAACCAAGGAGUUGGCUAGACUCCCAAAUAUAUAUAAAACAAGAGUUGGCUGCACUCACCUUAACAUGCAUAAAUGGGGGUGCUGCUGGGGGCCAAAUAAUACAAUACACAAGAUCUAGCGCACUCACCUAUUCACUAAACAGCAAUUUCAAUGUUGAAAGAUUUUAUUUGUUUUUUUAAAAAACUGAAACUCUGUGGUAGUCUGCAGAUGUGGCUAAAAUAGUAAAAAAACAAAAAGUUAGUAAUUAUAAAAAAAACCCAGAGUGAGGAAGACCGAAUGAUCUAUAAGAUUAGGCAGAAAGAGGCUAGGCAAGUUAUAAGAGCUUCCAAAUCAUACACAGAAGAGAAAAUAGCACAGUCAGUAAAAAAAGGGCACAAAACAUUUUUUAGAUACAUAAAUGAGAAAAGGAAAGUAAAACAAGGAUUAGUUAGAUUAAAAACAAAAGGAGAGUAUGUAGAAGAGGAUAAAGGUCUAGCUGACUGCCUCAACGAAUAUUUUUGUUCAGUAUUUACAGAUGAAAAUGAAGGAAAGGGGCCUCAGUUAGGAAAAAGGACAAAUUAGUAAUUUGUUACAUGUGAGUUUACAGAGGAAGAGGUUCUAUUUCAACUGUCAAAAGUGAAGAUAAAUGGGACCUGAUGGAAUACACCCAAAGUUAUUAAAAGAGCUUAGUGGUGUACUAGCAAAACCAUUAACAGAUUUAUUAAAACCAAUCAUUGAAAACAGGAAUAGUCCCAGAAGAUUGGAAGUUAACAAAUGUUGUGCAGGUAGUAGGGAGAAGUCUGGCAACUAUACGCCAGUAAGCCUUACUUCAGUAGUGGCGAAAGUAAUGUAAACCACGUUAAAGGAUAGGAUUGUUGAACAUCUAAAAUCACAUGCAUUUCAAGAUCAGAGACUUAUUGAUUUUUUUUGAUUGGGUAACUAAAAUAAUAGAUCAGGGUGGUGCAGUAGACCUUGCUUACCUAGAUUUUAGUAAGGCUUUUGACACUGUUGCACAUAGAAGGAUUCUCAAAAAGCUGCAAUCUUUAAGUUUGGAUUCCAAUAUUGUUGAAUGGCUGAGUGACAGGCAACAGAGCGUUGUAGUCAAUGGAGUAUAUUCGAAGCAUGGGCUUGUCACCAGUGGGGUACCUCAGGGAUCUGUACUUGGACCCAUUCUCUUUAAUAUUUUUAUUAGUGAUAUUGCAGAAGGUCUUGAUGGUAAGUUAUGUCUUUUUGCUGAUGAUACUAAGAUAUGUAACAGGGUUGAUGUUCCAGGAGGGAUAAGCCAAAUGGCAAAUGAUUUAGGUAAACUAGAAAAAUGGUCAGAAUUGUGGCAACUGACAUUUAAUGUGGAUAAGUGCAAGAUAAUGCAUCUUGGACGUAAAAACCCAAGGGCAGAGUACAGAAUAUUUGAUAGAGUCCUAACCUCAACAUCUGAGGAAAGGGAUUUAGGGGUGAUUGUUUCUGAUGACUGAUAAAGGUAGGCAGACAAUGUAAUAGAGCAGCAGGAAAUGCUAGCAGAAUGCUUGGUUAUAUAGGGAGAGGUAUAAGCAGUAGAAAGAGGGAAGUGCUCAUGCCAUUGUACAGAACACUGAUGAGACCUCACUUAGAGUAUUGUAUGUAGUACGGGAGACCAUAUCGCCAGAAGGACAUUGAUACGUCAAAGAGAGUUCAGAGAAGUUAACAAUAAAAAAAUUAAAAUAGGUUGCGCCACAGUAAACUGUAGAGCAAUGUAAAAUACAAAUAUGUACUUGCAUAUAUCAAACAGAGCAAAAUAUACAAUAGUCCUUGGUGUUAAAAUGGGCAGGAAGAAAACCAGGUAGGCUUGCAUUAGCUUUGGGUAGAUGUAGGUCUAUAUGUAUUGCCGAUCUUGAAAUAGUCGAAUGCUCUUGGUUCAGGUUAAAAUAUGUGAAUAAAAAAUAAAGAGACUCCAAUAGUGCAGACUGCAACAAAAACGGAAAGGAAACUUCACAUCAGGGUGGUAUUCUCACUCACCUAUUAUAGAGCUAGAACGAGCUCAGGUAUAACUGGCAUUUAGUGGCGUCGAUCCCCCACUGGUAGGAUAUAGGUGUUGGUAGGCAGAGGAGGUCCUCAGUAUGGAGAAAAAAAUAAAACCAAAAAUAGUGCUCACUGUAUAUAUUAUUUAGCAGGUUAGAGUAGGAAGGUAAAGUACUCACAUUUGAGUGAGCAGGAUGUACUGCUCACUGUAGUAACGUGGGUGGUACAAUCCCCACCUAGGAUUCUUGGAUGGAUGAAUACUCCAAAGUUGUGAAUGACCAAGUUAAAAUAAAUAAAAUUAAAAUAAAAUAUUUUAAAAAAUAAGAAAAGGUAUAUGGCCAUACAAGUUUAAGAGGCCAAUAUUCCUUUAAUAAUACACAUAAAAAUAUAUUCAAAACAGCCUGUUUUUAAUAUAUUAUGUGUAUUAUUAAAGGAAUAUUACCAUAUACCUUUUCUUAUUUUUUAAAAAUAUUUUAUUUUUAUUUAUUUUAACCUGGUUACUCUCAAAAGGAUAGAUGCUGUAUCAGUGCCAAGUGAUCGACUAGAAGCUGAAAUAAGUGUAGGGCCGCAACCUAUGGGUAUGAUGUUCCCUCAAAGACCAUCAAAAAUAAUAGUUAACAAAAAAAAAAAGGAACUUAACAUGUAUAGCUUGGAGGAAAGACGAGACAGGGGGAAUAUGAUAGAAACAUUUAAAUACAUAAAGGGAAUCAACACAGUAAAGGAAGAAACUAAUAAUAUCAGGAAGUAUUACUUUACUGAGAGGGUAGUGGAUGCAUGGAAUAGUCUUCCAGCUGAAGUGGUAGAGGUUAACAAAGUAAAGGCAUUUAACCCCUUAAGGACACAUGACGUGUGACAUGUCAUGAUUCCCUUUUAUUCCAGAAGUUUGGUCCUUAAGGGGUUAAAGGACCACUAUAGUUCCAGGAAAACAUACUCGUUUUCCUGGCACUAUAGUGCCCUGAGUGUGCCCCCACCCUCAGGGUCCCCCUCCCGCCGGGCUCUAGGGGGUGGAAGGGGUUAAACUUACCUCUUUUUCCAGCGCCGGGCAGGUAACUCUCCUCCUCCUCGGCUGAAUGCGCAUGCGCGCGCAUUCAGCCAGUCUCAUAAGAAAGCAUUCACAAUGCUUUCCUAUGGACGCUGGUGUCUUCUCACUGUGAGACAGCCACUAGAGGCUGGAUUAACCCUAUUAUAAACAUAGCAGUUUCUCUGAAACUAUGUUUACAGCAGGCAGGGUUAAACCUAGCUGGACCUGGCACCCAGACCACUUCAUUAAGCUGAAGUGGUCUGGGUGCCUAUAGUGGUUCUUUAAGCAUGCGUGGGAUAGGUAUAAGGCUAUCCUAACUAUAAGAUAAGGCCAGGGACUAAUGAAAGUAUUUAGAAAAUUGGGCAGACUAGAUGGGCCGAAUGGUUCUUAUCUGCUGUCACAUUCUAUGUUUCUAUGUUAGAAACAUGAUUUUUCAAUGGAAAGAUAGUGCUUCAACCUUUAUUUCUCAGGGACGCCAAGGUGUAAUUUGUCUGUAUAUUCAAGAUGUUAAUUAUUUAUUACAGUAAUUGCAAGGUUUUUUAUUAGAAUUUCUCAUGUCAAGUCAUGUAAUGUCAUUUAAAAUAAAGAAAAAAAUGUAUUAACAAAAAAAAUAUACAACCAAAAAAAAGAGUCGAUAAGAAAUGGGAGAUUGAGAUUUAGUAAAUGAACAAACAAGUAAGGGAGAGAACAAAUCGAUAGAAGGGGUGCUGCCAGCCUGGAGACGCUGGGGGCGGAAAACCAUACAAAGAAGUACGUUUUUAAUUGCAUAUUUAAAUCAGGGAAUCCACAUUUUGUAAAUGCAAAUAGAAGUGUGGUGAGUUUAUCCAUGACCUUAUCACUAUUCUUUGGCUAGAUUGGGGGGGGGGGGGUUAUGUGUAGUCAACACACCUCAAUUGCUCUACAGGAAACAAGCAAUUUUAACUAAUAGUUCGUUCCUAGAAGAUUUAAGGGAAUCAAGGGCUGGAAAGCAGGUAGUUUCAGGGAUUAACAGGAGGAUGCUGGAAAGAACUCUUUCAUACGAACGAUAAACACAAGCCCAAAAUUAAGUGAGACAAGGACAAGUCGGUCCGUCACAUAUAGGGACGUACAUACCCUUCAACACAAAUCUGAUGGGGCGACACCUCAUAUGAUGGAGAGAAACAGUAGUGACAUACCCCAUUAGCAUAGUUUUAAUCCCUUGUUCUUGAAGGGUAACGCAAACUGAGAAUUUUGCUGUAUAUUCUCACAUCUCUAACCAAUCGUCACUGGUCAUCCCUCAAGUUCGUACUCCCACUUUUGCAUAUAUGGAAAACCCUUGCAGUCAAGGUAAGAAGUUAGUGUGGAAUAAAGCACAUAGAUCAUACCCAUUACAAAGGAUUUAAGGUUGUGGGGCAUGGCAGAGACCACUGGAUCUUGUUGGGCAUAAUUGGACAUACUGGAAAAGUCACAAGGGCCGAGGGAGACCCUAUGACUUAAUAUGUCAAAAGAUAUUGCCUUUCUCAGAAAGUCUCUGGAAGCCAGCAUCCUCCAAACAGAAAAAGCCAGAGGGGAUUAUACCAUGGAGGGAAUUCCUGUUUCUCAUUAAGGGAGACAUGGUAAUGGUAAAUUUACACUUGGAAGCUUACCUGUCUCAUAAAGUAAUUAAUUGAUUUUAAGAUAGCGGGGCAUUUGAUGCUCAGUGAUGGGUCAUCUGAAACUUGUAAGCAAAAUAAAGAACACGCUUAGUCUCCUUGUAUAAAUUUUGGUGCAGUAAACUUCCAUGUCCUGUCACCCUUCAAUCGCUUGCUUGUGACUGCAAAAAACACAUAUAUCAACUGCAUAUAGAUUUCUGUAGUAUGUAUGCAAUACAAAUGCCAGCUGCUUCUGGCAGGCUCUCUUCUAGCAUUCUGUAUUUGGCACCCAUGUUACAGCAGCAAAAACCUUGUAUAAAGAUUUUAGGCCUGAAUCUUUUUAGAUGCUUUUUGGAUUGUUUUUAUGUAUAAUCUGUGCAUGCAUUUGAUAAUUUUAAGUCGAUUUUCUGUAUAUUUUGGGGUUCAAAAUGCUUUCAUAACAAAUUAGUUAUAUUAAUAGGUCUUGAAAUUAGGUCGUGCCUCCAGCUGUUCACAAGCAAUCCUCAACUCAGGUUAGCCUAAUAUUAAGAGGCAAAAUUUUAAAAUUACAACGUAUCCCCUAAAAAUGAGUAAGGCUAUCUAUAAAUAACCUUCUUACGAAAAUAGCCAAUAACCUUCAUGAACCACAGUUCAACUAUUAUGACUUCUUAAAGGGUUACUCCAAGCAUCAUAACCACUGCAACUCGCUGUAAUCGUUAUGAGUUCCUUAGCCCAGUUCCCUGAUAAUAGGGCUGUGGCGGACCGCCAGUAUAUCGCCACCACAGACUCCCUUUCCCAAAAUAAAGUAGCUCGAUCAACCAUGAAAGUAAAUAUCGUUGGUAUAGCUUUUACUGCACCAUACAUUAGUCGAGACUGAAUGCUGGGAGUAGAUCUGUUUAUUUCAGGCAAGCACUCCUAAUUUAAACAUACAGUAAACUCCUCCUUGUGCCUGAGAGAUAAUUGAGUCAGGAAACUUACAAUUCAGUUCUCUCCCAGGUACAGAAAAAUUAAAAUUUUUACAACCCCCCUCAAGAGUCACAUCCCCGGAUAGCCCUUAUCUGAGUGCCUAACAUGUCCAAAACGCACUCAGAUCGGUUUGGUGGUUUGGAAUUGCCAUUGAGAUACAUUUUUGACCGCCCGGCCACGAGGUAGAAGCCCAAAAUAGUUCCAGAGAAAUCGUGGCAAUGGCCGGUCUUCAUUUGAGGAAUUCUAUGCGAAAACCACACAAAAUAUCCGAAUGCUUUCAAGUGUCGAAUGCUUCCGCCAGUCGGCAGUUCAUAUCUCUAGAACGCUGUUCGUAUAGAUGGUCGGAAACUUGAACGGGCAGCAGUUCCAUCUUCACCGGUGUUCGCGGGAGUGCAAACGAACAGGGAAAAAGAUUGUUGAAGAUGUCCAUAAGACAUGAACUGAUACUACUCUCAACUAGCACUGAAUGGGAACAAUGUUGUCUACUUUACAGGUUGGGGAGGUAGGAGUUUCAUCACUUUGGUACUGUGGUAAGGAGAGGCCUAGAUUCACCCUCAAGUGAAUCUGACCCAAUCUUUGAUUGCUACUAGCGCUCUGGCCCGACCCCAUGGUAAGGUGUAACGGAGUGCUGUAAGUCUUUAUGACUGCUUGGAGGGAAUGACUCCUUGGUAAUGUGGAUCUUCAAAAGAGACUUAACCCGCAUAGCUGCCAGUGCCAUCAAUAUCACUUUAUCACCAUAGGACUGGAACAGGAGCAAGACAUCAUGGGGAGUAGCUACAGGAUCCUUUGGGAUAUGGAGACUUUGAGCAUCCCAUCAAAGCUGAGAGCUUUAGAUUGCUUGGGAGGCAGUAAUGCCAUACUUUGAGAGAUUUUUCCUUCUGUUUGCAUUUUCUAACAUUUCCAUUUUUAUUGUCAAGGCACUCUGUGUCUUCUGUAAGUCAGCCAAAUGCCCAGUGUCAUGCCAAGGGUGCAUAAUUCAAUGUUGCACAACAGAAUAUUGCCAUUUAAUGUAAUUUGUGUAGUGUAUGUAUGAAUUGACCACUUGGUUGCAAGGUCAGAUGACAGAAGGGAUAAUGUAAAUUGCAUAGGAAUGUGAAAGGGAUCAGAUGAUUUACCAUAUGGAUGGAUUCUUUGAUUAAUUAAAGGCUCUGCAGGGUGUGAGAUUCUACACUUGAGAUGCCUGAAUGUCUAGUCCCGAUGUAAACUAACUGAUCAGCCAUAUGGCCUCUGCCUCUUAAUUAAUGAGUUCAUUUCCUUGAUAUGUUAAUGAUCAUUAGCCUUGUGUUCAAGUAUCAUACCUAAAAGAAACAUUAAUGUGUAGCCACAGAAUAAUAAUUAAGCCUCAUUUUUAUUAUAUUUAUUUGUAUAUUAUUUCUAGUGGAGACUUGUGGUCAAAAGCAACAGAAAGUCUUUCUUUUUAUCUACCUAAUGGAAAUCAUGCAACAAAGCAGUCAAAUUUACUGGCAUGUUUUUUCCUGAGGUACAUUUGUAAAUAAUACUGCACAAUGAGCAGUGAUCAGUAAAUAUAGUCUUGCUUUGUAUGUGUUCCUUAAAGUACAGCUUCUAAUGCUUAGAAAGAAUUGCUCUUUUUGUAACUUAUUGAAUAUGUGCUUACAGUAGGCACUCAAUGACUAAGCACCUAUUACUUUAAGAAUCCAUGAUUUACCCAAAUAUUUUUUAUCUAAUUUUUCCAUCAGCUGAAUUGGACGUUAAUGAAGUAAACUGCACCAUUACCCUUUAAAAUCAUAAAUAUAAAUAAACCAUACUUUUUUUUUUUCUUUCUAGAAAAACACUAAUUUCAUGGUUUUUCCUUUUCUCCCCAGGAGAAUUAAUGGAGUGCCUCGUUCCACACCCUGAAUUUAAGAUGCUAGGUCUCCGUAACAUUCCUCAAAUGUCUGAACACUCCAUGGCAUACAGUACAUUCACUUGGCAAGGGCUCACCAAACAUUUGAGGCAAAUGCUCAUUGCUAAUGCGAAAAUGGAAGAAGGUGAGCAGAUCAAUGUAGUAGAACACAAAAUAAAUAUAUAUUUGCCCUUUCAGUAUAAAUAAUCUUGUAAACUUAAAGAAUUUAUUUAUCUUGGAUAUUCCACUGAUGAUUUUGGAAAGUCCAGUGGAACAAAAAAUGUCCUCUCACAAAGGCUGUAGAAGAGCCUUUCCUGGCAUAAAUUGUUUGAGCUCCCACAGCUGCACUUAACUGAAUUGCUCAUAACCAACUCCCAUGCUAAAGCCAUGUCUGAGCAAUAUUUACAUAGAUAGGCAAUGCUGCUGAACAAAGCAUGCAUUUAUAGCUCACUGUAUUAAUAAAAUUGGACUGACCUAAAAAUAAUCAGUUCAUAUUUUACAGUAAAGCAGAACUGUUGUACAUAGAUGUUUUAAAUACAUUGUCGUUCUUUAAAUAAUUUAUUUAAAAGUAACACAAAUGCAAGUUUUAUAUUACACAUAGUCAAAUGCAUAUAAAGCAAUUCUCAAUGUAAAUGCUUCUUUGAGGUAAAAAAAUAAAUACAUGUUUGUUUGCAGAGAACUUCCACAGAGCUAUCCCUUACAGAUAGUAGAAUAGAGGUUUUUUUGUUUUUUUAAAGAAUAGAAACCUCUGACCAGGACUUCAAAUUUCAUAUUCUAUGUUACUAUUAAGGCCUAAAAGUUACUUGCCACUGCAAGCUUGGAGAGUCCAUCUUACACUCAAGGUGAAGUUCUACAUGCUAUGGGUGAAUUUUCACUUGCCAAUUGCUUGAGAUUGAGUGGAAAUGUUAAGUCCUGCUUUCAACCAUAGUUAUGGUAGUUAAUACGAGGACUUGCCAUGUUUAGUUUUUUUAGUGGAUUCAUUCAAACUGAAAUAUCUUAUUCAACAUUGAUAAAUAACAGUACUUUUUAAGGUUGAAUAUGCUGGAGUCACAUUUUUGAAUGACCACUUACAAAUCCAAUUAUAUUUUGUUCACUAGGGAUUAACUGGCAAGUGCGACCCCCGUCUCAGCCUACAGCAGAAAACGUGUCACCAAAAAAGGAACUGCUUUUCAAUACUUCCCUCGCUAACCUAAUAAUCCUCCGGGGACAGGAUGUGCAGCGUGCUUCUUUAGGUAAGUCCCACUGAGUGAUAUUAAAGGCAAUUAAAGGGCAAUAUGAUAGCGGAGCACACAACAUGAUAACAGUACAACUUUACUGACUUCUCCCUUUUUUUAUAACAAUUCUACAAAAUUCUCAUCCACUCACGUUCUGCACAAACUGAUCUGGAAACUGUUUUGGAAAAAACGGUGCUUUUAAAAGUACAACCUUUAUUCAAAUCAACAACAAGCACAAUAUGCAGUUAUGAUACUUGAGAUUGAAACAGCAAAGGUCUGCAUUGAUCUUGGCAAUUAAAAUGAAUGUGAAAGGGGGCUGAGCCUAACAGCCAAGCCAACCAGUCGCACAACCAGAGAGCUUCACAAAGCAAUCCUCUUUAGAAGCUAUAAUUGCCGAAUUACGCCCUGAAAUUCAACAGCUGAGCUCCCCGAGCCCCUAUGUUUUAUACAUCCGGAGGGCAUAGGAAAGUUGGGCAAGCUUGCUGGGCCUCUACACUUUCCCUACAAGGGACACCUUCAGAACUUAAUUACUCUUUGCCUAUAUUGAUGCCUCAAGCAUAUGCUUAAUGCGUAUGCAGCCAAUUAGCACCAUGCUUUAUAUUUUCUGUUAAUCUGUUUUAAUAGGCAAUAUUACUUCAUCUUGACAUGAUAAAUUUAAAAAUUUGUGCAGUGUUUCAGAUAUGCUUAACACUUUUUAUGCUACCACUUUCUAAUUCUAAUCUAUUUCUAAUUCUAUAGAAUGAGAAUUAUAAAAAGUGCUAAAAAGGCAUUCAGGGAACAGAGAAAAAAAUGGGUAAAACACUCAGAUAAUUACCCUGGUCAUGCAAUCAAACAGUUAGAAUAAUGCACUGUGUGAUAUAUGAAUAGGCUGCUACACACUUAAAGGGACAUUAUAGUCACCAGAACAACUACAGCUUAUUGAAUUUGUUCUGGUGAGUAGAAUCAUUACUUUCAGGCUUUUUGCUGUAAACACAGUCUUUUCAGAGAAAAUGCAGUGUUUACAUUACAGCCUAGCGAUAACUUCACUGGCCACUCCUUAGAUGGCUGUUAGAGAUCCUUCCUGGGUCAUGGCUGCCUAAAAUGCAUCCAAACAUUCAGUAUCUGAUCCCUCUGCAUGCAGACACUGAACUUUCCUCAUAGAGAUUCAUUGAUUCUAUUCAUCUCUAUGAGGAGAUGCUGAUUGGCCAGGGCUGUUUUUGAAUUAUGCUGGCUCUGCCCCUGAUCUGCCUCUUUGUCAGUCUCAGCCAAUCCUAUGGAGAAGCAUUGUAAUUGGAUCAGGCUACCACUUCUGAUGUCAGCAGACAGCUUUUUUUUCUGAGGCAAAAGGCAUGCAGAUCUACAGCUUCAGGCUUGAAUACAGUAAGAUUUUGCUUUAUUUAUGGAGGGAUGAGGGGCCCAGGAGGGCUAGACGGUGUUUUCAACACUAUAGGGUCAGGAAUACAUGUUUAUGUUCCUGACCCUAUAGUGAUCCUUUAAGUGCUGUGACUCCAGGUACAAGCGCAUUUAAAGGACCACUGUAUGCACCCAGACCACUUCAGCUCAAUGAAGUGGUCUGGGUACCAGGUCCCUCUAGUGUUAACACUGCCUGCUGUUAGCAUAGCAGUUUCAGAGAAACUGCUAUGUUUACAUAUGGGUUAAUACAGCCUCUAGUGGCUGUCUCAUUGACAGCCGCUAGAGGCGCUUCUCACUGUGAUUCUCACAGUGAGAAGACUCCAGCAUCCAUAGGAAAGCAUUGAGAAUGCUUUCCAAUGGACUGACUGACUGCACGUGCGGCUCUUGCCGCGCAUGCGCAUUCAGCAGAUGACAUCGGAAGGAGGAGGAGAGUUUUGCCCUUAAGGGUUAACUUUAUUUUUAAAAUCUGUCUCUUAGACUGUUUUAGUCAGUCAGUUUCCUUCCCCCAAAUCUCCAUUAGAUUCUUUUAACAGGAGUUAGUUUAGGAAUUACUGUUUUAGUCUGUUUUAGUGUAAAAAAAAAAAAAAAGGGGGGUUUAGUAUUUUGUUAGUUCAGUCUGUUAGUGUGAAACAUGCAACGCAUGUACAGCUUGGAGGAGGCAUAUGCCUUCUUGGUGUCAGACUCUGACGCCAUUGACACUGUGUCCGAUUUUGGCCCAGGUCAGUUUAGCGGCACAUCUAGUGACAUGUCAUCUGUGUGUGAGCCAGCUGCUAAAAGAAGCUGUGCUUCCCCUGCUACACCGAAUGUGGAGGAGGACUGGGUACUUCCACAGUCAGCUGAGCCCAACAUCCCCCCUUUUAGUGCCAAUGCAGGCAUUAAUAUGAAUGUGGUUGACUUCUCCCCUAUAUAAUAUAUGGAGUUAUUUUUAGGGGAUACCAUCUGGGAGGAGAUUGUUUCCCAGACUAAUUUAUACGCUAGCCAAUUUACUGAGACCAAUCCAGGUAGCUAUACAGUCAGGGAGCAUGCUUGGCAUCCCACAGAUGUCCCUGAACUUAAAAAAUUCUGGGCUCUUAGAAUGCUCAUGGGGAUAAUAAAGAAGCCAUCAAUCCGCUCUUACAGGUGCACCAACCCAAUUUGUUCGAUUCCUAUAUACUCCCAAACAAUGCCUAGACCAAGAUAUGAGCUGCUGCUGAGAUACUUACAUUUCAACGACAAUACCCUCUGUCACCCCAGAGAUCACCCCCAAUAUGAUAGGCUUCAUAAAAUACGCCCAUUGGUAGACCAUCUUCAGAACAGAUUUUCUGAAGUUUAUACUCCCCAACAAAAUGUAUCUAUUGAUCAAUCCCUUAUGAAAUAUAAAGGGAGAUUAGGGUUCAAACAGUAUAUCCCCUCAAAGUGGUCUAGGUAUGGCAUUAAAGUGUACAAACUGUGCGAGAGCAAAAGUGGCUACACAUUUGCCUUUCGUGUAUGUGAGGGGAAAAAUGGUCAACUGAACCCUCCUGGCUGUCCUGACUCUCUGGGGACAUUUGGGAAACUUGUUUGGGACCUACUGAUACCCUUGUUAAAUAAGGGUUACCACCUUUAUGUGGACAAUUUUUACAGCAGUGUCCACUUGUUUAAAAUUCUUUAUCGUUUGCAGACACUGGCCUGCGGCACUGUAAGAAGAAAUGCCAAGGAUUUCCCAAGACCUCUCAUAGAAGCCAAAUUAAAAAAAGGUGAAAGCAUAGCUCUGCGCAAAGCUGAACUGCUUGCGCUAAAAUUUAAGGACAGAAAGGAUGUUCACAUGCUAACAACCAUCCAUAAAGAAAGCAUGUCAGACGUCACUGUCCGAGGCAGGGUGCAGACAAAACCGGUUUGCCUCAGGGCUUAUAACAGGCACAUGGGGGGUGUUGAUUUGGCUGAUCAGCUGAUGCAGCCAUAUCUUAUCUUAAGAAAGACAAAAGCCUGGUAUAAAAAGGUGGCUAUCUACCUGUUGCAAGUAGCAACACAUAAUUCAUUUUUACUCUUUAAAAAAAUGAAUCCAGGAAGAACCACCUUUCUCCAAUUUCAGUUCAAGCUGAUUUCCACAAUAAUUUAUGGAGAUUUUAUUUUUAAGAUACCGCCAACUGCAAAAAAAACAAAUCCCCUGAAAUGUUGCUGGGUCUGUUAUAAAAAAAGGGAAAAGGACAGACACCCCUUUGCACUGUUUUUUUUUUUUCUUUUGAAAGCAGCAAAUUUUAGUCAGUUUCCUUCCCCCCAAAUCCCCAAUUAGAUUAUUUUUGCAGGAGUUAGUUUAGAGAAUGCUGCUAAAGGUGCAUUUGAUACCUGCACAUUUGGUUAAAAAAGUUUUAUGGCAGUAACAUAUAACUGGCUGGCCAAAACCAGAUGACCUGUGCAUAAAAAGCAGAAUUCAAAAAUUACACGUUCUCUGAAAUUUGGUUAGCACAAUGGUUGGGGGAAGGAUGUGAAAAAAAAAAUACACUUUCAUGAUAUUAACAUUAACAGGGGGAUGCAAAAAUAUGCCAAACUGAAGAUAGGCCAAGCAUACCUAUAUAUCAAGUUGAAAAACUGAUCUGUACAAGUCUCGAUCGUGGCCUUUUAGCCCCCAAACAACAUGAUAAGCCUAUGCAUGGGUGGUAUCACUGUACUCAGGAGGUGUUGCUGAACACAUAUUGGGGUGUUGUUUGGCAGUGACACAUAACACGAUCUGUUAAUUCAUGCCUAAAGUACAAUGUGUGUGAAAAAAACACAAAAACAAUUACUACCUAAAGGUUUGACAAAGUCUGGUGGUAGAAUUAGUGCAUGGAAAGUGUUAAAACAAAAAACACCAUUUGAAAUACCCUAGGGUGUCUACUUUUCACAAAUAUAAAUGUUUGGUGGUGGUAAAAUACAUUGGUCAGCCUUACAAAUGUCCCAAAUAGGACAUGUGCGCAGGUUGGCUACAUGUCAAAAUUCCAAGUUGAAAAAUGGAUAUUCGCACCUGCCAAAUGUGGCCUUUUAGCCCCCAAACAACCCGACAAGCCUAUGCAUGGGUGGUAUCACUGUACUCAGGAGAUGUUGCUGAACACAUAUUGGGGUGUUGUUUGGCAAUGUCACAUAACAGGAUCAAUUAAUUCAUGCCUAAAACACAAAAACAAUUACUACCUAAAUGUUUGACAAAGUCUGGUGGUAGAAUUAAUGCAUGGAAAGUGUUAAAAUACCACCAUUUAAAAAUACCCUAGGGUGUCUACUUUUCACAAAUAUAAAUGUUUGGUGGUGGUAAAAUACAUUGGUCGGCCUUACAAAUGUCCCAAAUAGGACAUGUGCGCAGGUUGACUACAUGUCAAAAUUCCAAGUUGGAAAAUGGAUAUGCUCACCUGCCAAAUGUGGCCUUUUAGCCCCCAAACAACUCAACAAGCCUAUGCAUGGGUGGUAUCACUGUACUCGGGAGAUGUUGCUAAACAUAUAUUAGUGUGUUUUUUGGCAGCAACAGAUAACAGGCUCUGUGAGUUUAUACCCAAAUUGCAAUGUAUGUGGGGAAAAAAAACACUACCUAUGCGAAGUUUGGCAAAGACUGGUGGUAAAAUGGCUGCAUAGAAAGUGUCAAAAAUAUCCUUAGAUGAAUACCCUGGGUUGUCUACUUUAAAAAAAAAAAUACAUGUGGGGUGUUUUCCAGAGAUUUAUGACAGAUAAUAGUGUUACAAUGUCACUACUGAUAAAUUAAAAAAAUGUAUGUUUUGAAACCGCAAUAUCCUACUUGUACUUAUAGCCCUAUAACUUGCAAAAAAAGCAGGUAAACACUGGGUAUUUGAAAACUCACAACAAAAUUUUGAAUCUAUUUAGCGUUUUUUUUCAUUCGCUUUUCUAGAUGAGUAAAAGAUUUUUCAAGUAAAAGUAAAAAAAAAUUAUUUUUUUCUAUUUUUCAUUAUAUAUAUAUAUAUAUAUAUUUUUAAUUAAAUUACAUGAGAUUAUAUAAAUAAUGGUAUGUAAAGAAAGCCCUUUUUGUCCUGAAAAAAAACAUAUAUAAUUUGUAUGGGAACAGUAAAUGAGAGAGCAGAAAAUUACAGCUAAACACAAACACCACAAAAGUGUAAAAAGAGGCCUGGUCGCAAAUGUACAACAUCGCAAAAACAGUCCAGUCCUUAUAAACAAAAAAUAAGUGGAACGCAAAAAACAACUAAAACCUCCCAAUACAACUCUUAGUGAGGAAGGGAAAUAAAAAUAUGCUUAAUGUAUGGAGAUGGAUCUCGAUGACAUGUGAAAAAAGCACAGGUAUACAAUGAUCGUGCAGUAUAUUGAUAUAACAAUCCAGUAUAUAGAAAAUAAUUUUUAAAAAGGAGUAUUUAUUGCGAAUGUACAACUCUAAAGGGUAUGUUUACUGCUUACAAGAUGGCAGUAGGUGAGCUUUAUGCGGGCAAAGAGUAUCCGCUACUCACAAGUGCUUUUUACACAUGCUUGUUGGUAUGGGAUCUAGCAGAGUCAGCAGCAGUGUUGUCGGUCUCCCCCUUUACUCUCCAACCGGGAUCAGUAGUGGUGUUGCCGAUGGCCGCCCUUCAAUCUUCUGCUCACCGUAGUAAUGUCCCAGCACGCUGUUGGUUUGGAGUUCACUGGGUUACAGGUGAUGCCCAUCUCAAUGACGUCAGUGCGUGUUUACGUUUCUGCGUUUCGCCUUUUAGCUUCUUCAGAACUUAAGUAGUGUGUCGGCCAGUAGAAUUUAAGGGCAAUAAUCUUUCUGCCCACAAGAGUUCCUAUUGGCUCAAUUGUACAAGUCCAACAUUUGCAUAUAAAUCCGUUUAAUCACACACAUCUACCCUACACUAGAGGUCAAAGCAUUUAUAAUUAGAUGAACAAGCUUACAAUUGAUUAUCAUUAUUAUUAUGCAUGAAUAAAAUGACAUAAAAUUAUAAAUACAGUUUAUCACUAAACAUAAGUAAAAAUACAUGUAUAUGCUUAACUCAACAAUGCAUUGUAUGUCAAAAUCUCAUUAUUUAAGCAACCUUCUAGAGAGAUAUAAGACAUAUGUUCGUACGUACAUAUAUACUAACUUAAAAGGCAAUUAAAAGCAUAAUCAUAUGGACUUAAAAUAAGAUUCAUAUAUAUGACAUAACCAGAAAAGGCAGAGAUGUUAAAUACCUGACGUUUACAUAAAAUACAUACAUAGGAGUUUACCCAAUUUAAAAAGAGUUUUAACAGAUGGUAUCAUUACAGACAAGGAGACACAGAAAGGAGACAAUUUUUUUUAACACAUCCCAACUGAGAUCAGGUUCUGUAUGUAUUGUACUUGUGGUUUAGGUAAUUAGCAUAAAACAUACAGUCAUGGGAAGAAGAAAGUACACCUUCUUUGAAUUCUGUGGUUUUAUGUAUCAAGAUACAAAUGCAAUCACCUGUUCCUUAACAGGUCUUAAAAUUAGUUAAAUACAACUUUAGAUGAACAACACAUGACAUAUUAAACUGUGUCAUUAUUUAUUUAACAAAAAUAAAGCCAAAAUGUAAAAGGCAUGUGUUAAAAAAAAGUUUUUUACCCAUGACUGUACAUUCCCACAAUCAGAGUUUUCUAUGAAUGAAUAUUUAAAAUGUAAUUGUGAUAGACGUAAAGGACACUAUGUGGAUUAGAAUCUUCAGAACUACUUAUAUAUGUUGACUGUGCUACUAUAUAUUUUAACUAUGCUAUCUGAAAUACUAAAGCCGUUUUUAUUUGUAGACUUGUGCAAAAAUCCAUUGUUCAUCCAAAUAAAAUUCAUGUUAAUCAAUAUCGGAAAGAAUCUCAGACUCAAUGUGUUCAAGUAAACUAUUCAGAUUUGAUUCGUUUGACAUUUACCAGGAAUGUGAUUCAGAUAAACCGGUUCAAAUUAAUUUUUCCACAAAUCUAUUAAUUACCAUUGUUGUACAAUUUAUAGUGCUAUUUUUCAUUUUUUAUUUAAUCCAUGGAAUUGUUGGUUAGUAGUGGUGAAUGGAUUUGGCCUAACUCUAUAAUAAUGUUGUCCAUCUGUCUUUAAGUGUGAUGUUUUUCAUAUUCUUUUCAGAAGGAUUCCAGGAUCCAUCUUUGUACACCUCCUGGUUACCUUCAGAUGAUGCCUGCAAUAUAUGGAAAACACCAAGAUCUUUCAACAAAUAUGAGAAGUCUGCUGCUUUGGUUAGCAAUAGUCAGUGUUUGCUGAAACCCUUAGAUACAAUUGUUAGCAAGGCAUGGAACAUGUUUUCUUCAAAGUAAGUGGUUUGCUGAUUAUUUUAUUUAAGUGUCCGCACAGGUGGAAAAGACUUGCAUGUAUUCUAAGAGUUGUCAUCAUUUGAUGUGUAUGAAAACAUAUUAAAUCACUUGGGAAGCUGAAUAUAUGGAGCUCAUGAAACAUGGCAAAGUAUAUUAUUAUUAUUAUUUAUACAGCACCAACAUAUUCAGCAGAGCUUUACAAUAUUAUAAAGGGGUAAAUGUAACUAUAAAUAAGACAGUUACAAAAUGUUACAGGAACAAUAGGUGGAGUGCAUGCAAAUAAACUCUCCAAAUAAGACCCUGAAAGUGUUUAUAAAAUGCAUUCACUUUAAUGUAGAGCUUGCGUUUUGUGUGAGCCAUAAAAAGCCCUAGCCUUAAGACUCUUAUUUAAACUGUUUUGUUGGGGACUAUUUAUUUUGGCUCAGCCCAGUGGCAGAACUAAUGAAUUGUGCCCUGGGGCAAUAAACUAUUUAUUUAAUGUUUCCCAUUAAGUGUACUUUAAAGGAUACUCUAAGCACCAUAACCACUACAGUGCAUCAUAGCAGUUAUGAUGCCAGGAUUCCCCUGGUGCUGUCUGACUGUAAACUCUCAAACCAUUUACAGCUCUCAGUUAAGAAAUUCCAACCUGCUUUGAGAUGGUAAGUGUGAAACUGUUCUUAAAUGUUGUAAUAGUUUACUUUCAGAUGGCACGAAGGGACUCCGGCCACCAUAACCACUACCAGUGGUUAUAGUGCUUAGACUAUCCUUUAAACAAAUAUACCACUAAUGUACAUACUCACACCCCCUUCCAACAUGAAUCUGCUGGUUGCCAGUUAAUCUGACCUUCCUUCCCACUUUACAGCCCCAUAGUUCCUUGGAAAUGAUCCCACUCCCAACACAAUAUAGAUCUCUACAUUGUCCCGCAAUUAACUCCUGCCAUUAUUUUUAAUUUACCCUUUCUCUCCAGUUCACACCCUCACAUUUCUCUGACAAUGAAAGCAAUUAACCCAACCCAAGUACGCAUAUUACAUGUAAUACAUUCCUGUAAACAUUCUAACCCCUCCUUCUGCCCUAUACACACACACACAAUUUCAAAAAACACACUCACAGAUAAGGGCACAUAAUUAUACAGACACUUCCCUCAGUCACACAGAGAUACACUCAGUCAUUUACAAAGGAAAACAAACAGAGCUACAAUUAGAAAUAGAAUUGCAAACAUACAUGUAGAGACACACAUUCAGUCAUGCAGAUUUCUAGUCAUACAGACACACAUUCACACAUAAAUUGUUAAUAUACAUAUGUUGCUUUGGGUGCCAACCUGCUAUUUCUCUUUACUCCUUCUUGUCCUUCGUAAUCCUGUCUUGCCUUUUAAUGCUUGUCAGCAAAGCCAAGAAAUGACAUCCCAUUCUAGAUCUAUCACCUGAAGGGCUCACUGUACAUCUGUACCACUAGUAUUUCCACCCCUCCCCACUUCCUGUCAUAUAUUAUGUCCUGCCCAUACACGCUAAUGUAUAUAAUAGAGCAAUCAGCUAAUGCUUCUGCAAAAAACAAAUACAUUUCAUCUUUUCUUGUGCUCUUUUUCUAAACUGCUGUUUUUCCCAAAAUGUCAGAUUUAAUAAGAAGUUUGCUUUUUAAUUAUAUGUACUGCAAAUCCCAUGCACCUUCAGGAGUCCACAUUUAAUUUAUUUAUUCCCUGCUUGUAUUGCAUGGAGAGCAUGAAUACAUCUUUUAAAAGGGACUGUGAAUAUGUUUGUUUUAAAGAUUUUUUUUUUUUCAGUCCAAUACCAGCCUUAGAAAAGUUAAGAGUGCUUCUUUAUUUAAGGCUUUGGUAUAUUUGUCAUCAUACAUAUUAUAUCUGUUCUUUUCUUUUCUCUCCCUUUCCUCUCUUGUGUUGUUUCUAUUUGUUCAAUAUAACAUAUAGAUAGGCACUGGAAAGAUGUAACAAUUCAACCACUUGUCAAUAUCACAGUAUCUAUGAAGCUAUUACUAUUUGUUUGAUUAACAGUUUAAAUAGAAAAAGAAAAAUUUUUUUUUAAAAAACAAUAAAAAUACAAAACCUCUUCCAUUCAUACCAACAUACACUAAAUAGUUAAUUACAGUAGAUAUUGAUUUUUUUUUUCCCUCCCUUUUUCCCUUCUCUUUUCUCUUUCCUUUCUUUUUUUUCUUUUUCUUUUCCACCCCUACUCUCUUUCCUCUAUUCUUUCUCUUGUUUUCUCUUUUUUUAAUUUUUUUUUUGUUACAGAUUUAUUUUGUUCGUUCAGUCUCGGGGAAAUAUAUAAUCAAACCUUUAUAUUUACCUAUUUUUCAUACUUCAAUUUGUUGUGUUCCCAACAAUAAUUCCUUUUUUUUGUUCUAGUAUUUCUAGCCAGUUAGAUAUGUCUAUCUCUCGAUAAUGAUUUCUAAGUUAAUUAACACCCAUUUCCAUUUGAAUCUGGAAUUUGAUCUGCUGAAUAAGGUGUACCAUAGAAAAUACCUGUGUUUUUCUCCAGUUUCUAGCUAUUAUAAUUUUUACAGCUACAAGGCAAUGUAUAAUCAACACUUGUUCCAACUAUUUCUUUUUAGGCCAACCUAAGUGAAGCAACAUGACUUCCGGUCUAAAUACUAUUUUGAUAUUACCCAUUCUGCUUAUUAUAGAUUUAGCCAUAUGCCACAGGGGGUCCACUCUUCCACAAUUCCACCAUAUAUGUAGAUAAUCUCCCUUACUCUCUCCACAUCUCCAGCAUGUAUCAUUGUUUCGAGUUGAAAUUCUUCUUAAUUUGGAUGGUACCAUGUACCAUUUAUUAAUCACUUUAUAGUGUUUCAAUUAAGGAGAGUUAAAGAUUUCUUAAUGCAAACAACACUCCAAUAAUUAUCGAGUAGGUCAUCCAUUAUGUUUUGAAUAAUCAAACCAUAUUUACAUUGUUUUUCUUAUAUGAAAACAUUUCUGUUUUGUCAAGUCAGAUAAUGAAUGAUUGGUCAUUUAAAUAUCAGCAACAGAAUACACAUGCAGACAAUUAUACUUAGUUCUUUAUUUAAUUUUAUUUUACCUUCUUCAGAGCCUAUGCUCAGUUUUUCAGGUAUCAUUUAAUGUUUUGUUGUUUUUUUUCCUUCUCCAGAGCGUAUGUGCAUCAAUAUACAAAGUUUGGCAUAGAAGAAGAGGAAUUCUUAGAAAGUUUCACAACACUUGAACAGGUUAUUGCCAGUUAUUCAAAUUUAUGAGUGUUCUUCAGCUAUACAUUGUUUAGUUUUUUCCUGUUACUUUUUAUUUAUUUUUUUGGAGGGUUAUUCAAUAUUUAUUAAAAUGUUAUAUUUUGAAUCUUUUUAUAAUGUUUUAUGAGUUUGUCUAAUACAGUAGGCAAGAGCCUAUUCAGCAGCACUUUGAUAAAUUAAAAUAAUCAAUGAAUGUCUACAUAUUGUAUCAGUAAGAG